GUCAGUGUAGACAAGAUGGCCGGCCGGGCGACAUCGGCGUUUUGUCUCUUCGCGUCGAUAUUGCAGUUAUUUUUAUUGAUUAACUUCAAUUACGGUGAAAGACUUGGUGUCAAGCAGAGAAAUUUAUAUAUUUCGGAUAACGAUGGUUUUAGGCACGGCAGAAGUCCGUUAAUUAUCGAGUCUGGUAACGUUCUAGAUUCCGAAACAUCGUUCGGCCGCGACCGCAGGGAUGUUUCGUCUAAUAAUCACAACAUUACAACUAAGCUCAAUUGGCUGAAUGAUUCUCAUCAACAACUGAUGGUACAUUGGGUUGGUGAAGGUUCAAAUGUGAUAAUCUGCCUAGCAAGAGAUAGUACUCCAUUGGUCCGCUUGCCAAUAAAAACCAAUCCUAGUGCAGUCUAUAUCAGCUACGAUUAUGGAGAAACCUUCGAAAACAAAACUGAUAAAUUCCGUGUUUCCGAUUCCAAAGAGCCAAGUGUUGGAUAUGCCACCCUGGACAAAUUUUACAACCAUCCGAAAUUCAACACUCAUUGCGUAUUUGCAGAUAGUUCCAAUCAAUUGAUAUUCACUACAUGGAAUAAUGGACAAGAUAUAACCAGACAAAAUUUACCAUUUCAUCCAAGCGACAUAUCGUUUCAUGAGGAUGAUCCAAUUACAUUUCUAGCAUUGGACAAAAUUGACCCAGAGCGGAAGUUAUGGCUUACAAGAGAUUUUGGAAAAACAUGGGUCGUUAUCCAAGAGUACGUCAAAGCGUUUUUCUGGUCAUCUAAGCAACCAAAGACAUUGUUUGUUGAAAGACACGAACCAUUUGGUGUUAACACAGUUUUAGAAAGUAAAAAACUAUUCCAAGCUGAACGAAACUUUGAAAUUGUAAUGGGUGGUAUUCAAGACUUUCAAAUCAAAGGUGAUUGCAUGUUUGCAACGACUAAAAGCCGAGCUACAAGUGAUGAUAACAAUUUGGACUUAUUUAUUUCAUGCAAGAAUCAGCGGUUUGUAAGGGCUCGAUUCCUUUCUGAACUGGAUCGAAAAGACUAUCAUAUUGUGGAUGUUUCCAACAAUCGUAUUUUAGUAGCAGUAUCUCAUACUGAGUAUAUAGUCAAUCUCUAUGUUUCGGAGAUAGUAGAUCACGACAGCAUUGUGUUUAGGUUAUCCCUGGAAAGAAUUCUAACUUUCUUCCCGAAUAGCACCUGGAAGGACAGCUGGCUCAACGAUGUCUCAGAUGAAGCCUUUACUGACUUGUACAAGGUAGAAGGGCUGCGAGGUAUUUAUAUCGCAUCCCAAGUAAAAGAAACUCCGAAAGCUGGAGCAAUUGGACCUGAGCAUCUCGCGUCUUUGAUAACUUACGAUCAUGGUGCAACGUGGAAUCCAAUUAAUGCACCCACUGUUGACAAUGAUGGAUUUACGAUCCCAUGUCACAACGAUUGUUCCUUACAUCUCAGCCAGAAGUUUAGUCAGCUUUAUCCAGCAACUCGUUCUGUAUCUAUAAUGAGUUCCAAAUCGGCACCUGGCAUUAUAAUUGCUACAGGAGUGAUUGGAAAAAGUCUGAAGGGCCAUCCAGGUGUUUUUGUAUCUCGGGAUGCCGGGUUGACGUGGAAACAAGUCCUGAAGGAUUAUUAUUUCUUCAACAUGGGAGAUCAUGGCGGAGUUUUAGUAGCUGUCAAAUACUUCAAGUCACGUGGCGAAACUAGACACAUUUUAUACUCUACAGAUGAAGGAGAAACUUGGCAGACCUAUGAGUUUAAUGAUCACAUGCUACGAGUUUAUGGAUUGAUGACUGAGCCUGGAGAAAAUACAACUGUUUUUACAAUGUUUGGCUCCGAAAGCUCUCGGCAUCAAUGGUUAAUUGUUAAAGUGGAUUUACGGAAAGUAUUUGAUAGAGAUUGCAACAAGGAUGAUUUCAAGUUUUGGUCUCCAACUAGCACGGAACAACCCACAAUGGCCUGUGUACUUGGUCGCAAAGAGACUUAUCAGCGAAGGGCUGCCCGUGCUAAUUGUUAUACUGGAGCCGAUUACGACAGACCUGUUAAACUAGAUAUUUGUCAAUGCGAUGCCAAGGACUACCAGUGCGAUAUAGGAUUCAUUCGCAGCACGCUUCCCUAUCAUUGCAUUCGCGACAAAUUUUCACACAGUGGCUUUGAUCCUUACGAGAUACCCAAAUCUUGUAAGCCAGGUGCAUUUUAUAACCGAACCAAAGGAUAUCGAAAAAUAGAGGAUGACGACUGCUCAGGAGGCUUGACCAGAAAUUUUGAACCUGACGAGAUACCAUGUCCCAUGGAAGAGAUUUCUUCUGAAUUCUUGUUAGUCGCUCAAAGAGAUCAUAUAACUCGGAUCGAUCUGAAAGAGCAGCGAUUGGAAGUUUUACCCCUACACGGUUUAAAAAACGUAAUUGCAAUUGAAUUCGAUUUAAAAAACAACUGUCUGUACUGGGCUGAUAUUGUAAACGAUACGAUUGGAAGACAGUGCCUUAAAGAUGGAACAAGCUACCCUGAAAUUCUAGUUGAAACGGAUCUUAGCUCUAUUGAAGGAAUGGCACUCGACUGGAUCUCCAAAGUUCUCUACUUUGUUGAUGGUGUGAAAAUGAAAAUAGAGUUAAUCAGGGUUGAUAUUUCCACUAUGGGAAGAAUGAGGCGAACAAUUUUAGAUUCGACGAAGCUUAAAAAACCCAGAGGCAUUGCCGUUCAUCCAAUGAAUGGUUAUAUGUUUUGGACUGACUGGGCACCAGGAGAUGCUUCGGUGUCCCGUGCUAACUUGGAUGGUUCAAAUGUUAAGCGAUUGUUCAAUGACAAGACUGUUGAAUGGCCAAAUGGAAUAACAAUCGAUCACAUUGCUGAAAGAAUAUAUUGGGUAGAUGCUAAACUCGAUUAUAUUGGUUCGUCCGAUUUUGACGGACAGAGAUUUAAAAAAAUACUUGCAAAUGACGAACGAUUGGCUCAUCCUUUCGCAGUGGCUGUCUUCAAAGAUAACAUGUACUGGGAUGACUGGAAACAGUCGAUGAUAUUUGUAGCAGACAAAGAUCAUGGCUCAGGGUUAACUAAUGUAUUCGGACAGCUAGUCGGACUGAUGGACCUGAAAGUAUUUGCGCAUAGCGUACAGGUUGGCACUAACAAAUGUAUCAACAGUACGUGCUCUCACAUUUGUCUCGGUGCUCCUAAUAAUGAAUUUGUAUGCUUAUGCCCAGACGGCAUGGAAAUGAAUUCAGGAAACUGUACUUGUCCCGGUGGGAUAUCACCUUAUGCUAAUUCAACAUGCCCUCGCAUAGCUAGUACUUGUUCCGCAAAUCAAUUCUCUUGCAAUAACAAUAUUUGUAUACCAGAGUUAUGGAAAUGCGACGGUGAUAACGACUGCGGUGAUAAUUCUGACGAAGUGCACUGUAAACGUGCAUCCUGUGAACCGAAUCACUUUGCCUGCGAUGAAGAUAAAUGUAUUCCAAAGUACUGGGUUUGCGAUUUCGAUAAUGACUGUAAAGACAAGACCGAUGAGUUAAAUUGUCGUUACGCAAAUUGCACAGAAGCACAAUUUAAGUGUCAGAAUGGCCAAUGUAUCUCACAUCGAUGGUUUUGCGACGGAGAAGCCGAUUGUCGCGAUGGUUCAGAUGAAAAAAAUUGUUCGAUUGCUCAAACAACCACUUGUGAACCUGGUCAGUUUCUUUGCAACACGACUGGUUACAAAACGUGUAUUCCAGCGGCAUGGAGAUGUGAUGGAGAAAGUGAUUGUGAAAAUGGUACUGAUGAAGCAUCUUGCGAUAAACUACAGUGUGAACCUUGGCAAUUUGCAUGUAAAUCGAGUAAGCGAUGUAUUUACAAUUCUUGGGUCUGCGAUGGAGAUCUGGACUGUACAGAUGGCUCGGAUGAAGUUAACUGUUCAGUCUCUACUCAAACUCUUCUGCCAUUGCCACAUCCACUCUUUCCAAACUAUUCUUGUAGUGACUGGAUGUUCAUGUGUAACAAUAAAAAAUGUGUACCAUAUUGGUGGAAAUGUGAUAGGGUCGACGAUUGUGGAGAUAAUUCAGAUGAAAUUGGAUGCGGAAAUUUUGAAGUCUCGACAGUACUACCAGCCACUACACUCCAGACACGAACAUGCCACAUGUAUCAAUUCCAAUGUUACAAUGGAGCUUGCAUAGAAGAGGCUUGGGUUUGUGAUCGAUACGAAGACUGUCCAUCUGGGGAAGAUGAAUUGCAUUGUGAGGGAGUAACAACUGCUUGCCGUAAUGACCAGUUUAAGUGCCGGGUGGAUGGCUCAUGCAUUCCUCUGACAAAUAUCUGUAAUAAUGUACUUGAAUGUCCUGAUGGUAGUGACGAAAUAGGGUGCAAUCGCGAUCUAACCACUGCAGCAGGAAGCACUCCCUGCCAUUCUGGUUUUUUCCCUUGCGAUCAGGGACACUGUAUUCCAAAGGCUUGGUUUUGUGACGGAAAGUCAGAUUGCUAUGAUGGUUUAGAUGAAAGUGAUUGUGACAAAAACAAAUCUAGGAUUUAUCAAGUCUCUCAAAUGGGAGUUGAUAGCAAAUCUACUAACGCAUCCAGCUUGAUUUUGUAUUGGAUGAUCCCGGUACCGAACAAUGUGACCUUUGAAUUCCUACCUUCAAUAGCAAAAUCUGAAACAAACGCUACUUGGACGAACGCCACAAGUUGGAUCGAAACGGAAGAAUAUCAGUUCAACAGUCUUCAGCCUUACACAUCAUAUAAUUUAACCGUUUAUGUGAAGCUCAAGAAUCAAACUACAGUCUUUCCUCCAGCAGUGUAUAUAUCUGCCGCUACGAGUAUAGGCAUUCCAUCUGCACCGUGGAAUAUUACUGCUACCCAGAGAAAUGGAACGCGCAUUGAAGUAUCUUGGCGUGCACCACUGUAUCCAAACGGUCCGAUAACUGGUUAUGAAGUAUUUAUGACGCCACCAUUCCCUCCAAAAUCGUAUACACAGCAGAAAACAUCACUGAUUAUUAACACAUCAUUUGAAACUGAUAAAUCGUAUUCAUUUUGGGUUAUUGCGAAGAACAAACAAUAUGAAUCAAAUUCUUCCGAUCUUGUGACUAUAGUCUUUGACGGUGCUGCUAAUAUUGAUGAUAUAGAAAACUUGUCUGUUCUUGCUACAACUAAUUCAACCGUCAGUUUGACUUGGGCCAAGAGGCCAAAUGUCACUGGAUAUCAUGUUACUCCAAAAGGCCCUGACCCAUAUCCUGCCUUGCACACAACAAUAACUCAACAAAAUUCAUUAGUUGUAAAGAAUUUGGCACCAGGAGUUCAAUACACAUUCGAAGUAAAUGCAUUCAAAGAUACCUUUGUUGGAAAAGUUGUAACAAUCAGUGCAACAACAACUGGCACUCCGUUACCUACAGUUCCAAAUUUACAAGCACAAGUGAUGAAGGAUCAAGGAACAACAGUUAAACUUAGCUGGGAACCGCCAAAAGAUUCCCGGAAAAUAAAGUGGCAGUAUGCAAUUUAUUAUGCUCUGAAUAUGCCAGAUUUAAUCCAAGAGGCAAGGUUUACUACAAGCAAUCUUACAACAUCUAUUCGUAACUUGGAAGCCUGCGAGGUAUACAUGUUCGCAGUUGGAGUUUUGGGAGAUUUCGGUGCUGGUCCUCUCAGCUCUCCACUUCAGGUGUCUACACACUACAACAUCAGAGCAGCGCCAAAACAUCUCAGUGUUGCAUCAGAAAAUGACGAAAUAAUUGUGAGAUGGAUUUCAAGCUGUCCCCGAAUAGAUGAGCCAAUUGUUUACAUGGUUACGAUCACCGAAAUGACGCAUAAUGUAGUUCAUACCGUAUCGUUGACGGCUACAAACGAAACUAUGUUACAUCACAAAUUCCAUCCCAUGCAGUAUGGUGGAAAGUACAGUGUGACGGUAGUAACAAAUGCUAAAAAUGCAGUUCCGAGUCAACCUGUUAUUUAUUUGGCACCACCAAUAUUGUCACCGCAUCAGUUGACAGUACGGACUGAGGAAUCCGGUUAUCUUAUUUACUGGCAAGAACACGACUUACCAACUGGUUUUGCUAACAAAACGAAGUAUCAUUAUGAAAUAUUAAUAUCAGAGGGUGAAAGUGUAGUCAAUGAAUCUACUGCACUAAGAUUAAAUGCUGAAGAACCCCCGUACUUAUACAAAAGUCCGAUAAUGGACAUCUGUGCCUUUGCUGUGAGGCUGGUCACUGAAAAUGGAUAUCAGAGCGAACUCAGCGAAACUUAUAUUGUGACAAAAUCUGCAUCUGCAACACCAUUGAUGAUAUAUACGUCAAACGUACUAUCGUUUGCCAUACCAAUCUGUUUGCUGGUUGUUGCUCUGGGAGCAGCCCUGGGAUAUUUUGUGGUACGACAUAGAAGACUGUCGAAUAGUUUUACACAAUUCGCGAACAGCCAUUACGAUACGAGACGUGGACAAGCAACGUUUCCUGGCACUGCGGAUGGCCUAGAUGAUGAAGAUAGCCCUGUGAUUCGAGGUUUCUCCGAUGAUGAGCCAUUGGUAAUAGCAUGAGCAAAUUUAACCUUCAUUUUCUAACAAUGUAGGAAAAUUUUUUCGGGGAAUCGAAUAACUCUGAAUAAUGAAUGAACAGAUUAACAAUGAGUGGUCAUGUUUACAUUAGACAUGAGCAAAAAAAAAUUAUUAAUAUUAUUACUAUCUUAGAUUUUUUUUUGUAUAAGAACAAAGGGUUUUAUGAAAGUAUACAAGUACUGAGAGGGUUACCAGCAUCGUACGCCAUUGAACAGUUAUUUA